UAGGCGUGUCAUUAAUCUUUCUCCUACGUUUUUUUUGGAGCUUUUCACUUCUAUCUCCCUCUUUCUCUCUCCUCCAUUGAAGCGCGUACACCGAAUUCUCCAUUGAAGCGCGUAAUCUUCUGAAUUCUCCAUUGAAGCAGCUCGUGAUCUUUCUCUCCUCCAUUGAAGCAGCUUCUGAGCUUACAGGCAAUAGUGCCGUAUAUAGUAGCAACUUGAACUGUACAUGGGCGCUGAUGGUGUAAUGUCUGUUUCUGUUAGCCGGGGUGGUGCCAUGGCAUCACCCGAUGUACCCUCUUUACACCAAUGUUUAUCUCUGGAACACAUUUCUUUUGGCACUCGGAAGUAUACACGUUCAGGAGAAUUGAGGAGGGCACUUGGGGUUUCUCUUGGAAGUACAUCUGAAGAUCUUCCAGUUAGAGCUUCCAAUUUUAGACCUUCCCCACCCGUGGCCACUGAAGAGUUGAAGCAAAUCCGAGAGAGUGUUUUAAAUGCCUCUAUAAAGGCCAGGGCAAGGGCUGAAAUGUUCUGUGAUUCACUCAAUAAAUUAGAAAAAUAUUAUAGAGACACCAUGGUCUCGAAGAAGAGGCAACGGGCUGAGUUUUUGUCUAAUGACAAGCCAAGUGGAUCAAGCUUAUUGAAGAUGGCAGGCCAGCCUCGUAAUCUUGCUGACCAAUCAGCUCAAAGAUUAGAGGACAGGGCCAAGUCUUCUGGGAUGAAUAAACGUUUUCGCACAUCUGCCACAGAGCUUAGGGUUGACAAUAAAUCUGGCUCUUUGUCGAAGGAUCAAAUGAUUACUGAGAACAUAAAUAUCAUUAAAACUGCAAACGGUACUUCUAUUCCCGAAGAAAGGACGCUGAGACUCUCUGCUGUGGGGGAUUGCUGGGACAAAAAUAUGAUGAAGCGGAAACGUUCUGUUGGGACAGUGUCCAACAGAUCUGCGGAUAAUGACAUCAAAAGAACAGUGAAUUCAGAGCCCUGUACUGAUUCUAAAUUGGCUACAUAUGACAACUCUCUAAGAUUGAGUGGCAGAUCAAAUGCUAAGCAAGGCACCUCAACUGGCACUCCUGCAGCAGUUAUAAAAGGAAAGAUAUCUAGGGCUCCACGAACUGGUUCAGUCAUGGCGGUAAACUCAUCUUCUGAUGUUCAAGCUUCCUCAGAAGGUUGUGAAGGGUGGGAACAGCCUACUAGUACCAACAAGGUGAUCUCACUUGAUUUGAUGCAGAAUAGUCACCGGGCUGCCAGUUCAUCUUAUAUGCUUGGUCAAUGGGUUGGUCAGAGACAACAAAAAAGUUCCCGUAGCAGAAGAACAAAUGUGGUUUCACCUGUUUCUAAUAAUGAUGAAGGUCAAAUCUCUACAGUAAAAUUAUCUCCUGUUAUUGGGGCCAAGUUUUCUCAGAACGGUAGCGUUGGAUGUUUAGAAUCUGUUGAUUCUCAUAACAAUAAUUUGAAAAGUAAAAUUAAGGUUGAGAGUAUGCCAUCUCCUGGUCUCAUCUCUGAAGGUGAAGAUUCGAAAGACUUGGAACUCAAAUUGGAAGAGAAAGGAACAGAUUGUAGUGAUGUUGUGCUAACUGGAAAGGGUAAAAUGCGUUCUUUUAUCUUUCCUACCAAGAGGAAUAAAAAUGUUCCCAUUGAAAAUGUUGGUGAUGGCAUGCGGAGGCAAGGUAGGACAGUGAGGGGUUUGUCCUUGUCUAGCCCUGGACUCUCACCGCCUGAACCAAAGCUGGAGAAUGUGUCAACAGCAAAGCGUAUCCAAAGUACAAGGCCGGGUUCAGAGAAAAUAAAAAGUAAAUCAGGACGCCCACCUUCAAAAAAGAUGUCUGAUGGGAGGGCUUUCGCUCGUAAUUCAGUUGAAGCCAAUGAUGACCGUGAAGAAUUGUUGCUUGCCGCCGCUGCUGCUCGCAAGGCUAGCCAUAUCUGUUGUUCUGGGCGGUUCUGGAAGAAAAUGGAACCUAUUUUUGGAACUGCUAGUUCACAAGAUGUGAGAUACAUUAAACAACAGUUGAGCCUUGCAGAGGAGCUACCGGACAGCUUAUCUGUGAUUCCGGGUGCUCAAUACAAUAUUAUGGGUGUUUUUAUGCGCAAAGAAAAGGCCGAUGUUUCUUCUGGUAAUAAAGUCUGUGAUUCCAAUCAAAUUGUUGACAAGGAUGAAUCUUUAUCUGGAGAAUUAUUUGGGGAAAAGAGGUCGGAUAAGUUUUCUUCCUUGUACCAAAGAGUUCUGUCUGCUUUAAUUGAAGAAGAUGAUAGUGAGGGAAUUUACAAUGGAAAUGAAGGAGUGAGUAUGUCAUUACAGUGUGCAAGUGACGAUUCUCAUUGUGGCUCAUGUAAUUAUGUUGAUGCUGACAUUAGAGACAGAGACAGAGACAGAUUUGACUCUGAGGCUGAGUCAAUGGUUGAUUUUCAGAUUCAGAAACGUUGCUCUGGAGACAGAAUUUCAUGUAAUAAGAGUGUCACAUCUAAUACAACGAGGAAUGGAAGUAUGUCUGAUUCUUUGUAUAGCAGUGGAAGGUGGUUGGGAGAUGAUGGUUUCUCUCAUUCAGAUGCGGAGUUUGUUAGUGGAAAUUGGCAUAAUGAUGUUAGUGGGUCACAACCUUCAGAUAUGACUGCUUCUGCAACUUUUCUUGAUCCCCAAUAUCAGCUGAUGUGUGUUGAUGAUAAACUAAUGUUGGAGCUGCAGAGCAUUGGAUUGUACCUUGAUGCAAUGCCUGAUCUGGCCGAUGGAGAAGUGAUUGACCGAGAUAUUACUGAACUUAAUGAGGGGCUUUGUGAGCAGAUUGGGAAAAAGAAGAACAACUUGGUUAAGAUUGAUAAGGCUGUUGAAGAUGAUAGAGAAAGGGAGAAACGGUUCAUUGAGCAGGUUGCCAUGGAACAACUUAUUCAGAUGGCUUACAAAAGGCGAAUGGCUUGUCGAAGAAAUAAUGCUUCCAAAACUGUAAUGCGCAAAGUGUCAAAGCAAGUUGCAAUGGGUUUCAUAGAACGAACUCUUGUAAGGUGUAAAAAAUUUGAGCUCACUGGCCGUAGUUGUUUUAGUGACCCUGCUUUGCAGAAUGUUCUCUUUGCAGCACCUCACACCAAUGAUGCUGGUUCCAGCAUUGCAACUGAUUAUUAUACAGGCCAUGGAGCUCCUAAAUGCCGUGUGGAUUCUGCAAAAGCUGAAUUUAACUCAUUUAGUGUGCUGGACUCUUGCACUGAUGAUUUUGGGAGAGGUUAUAUUGACUCUCUGAAAGCUGCUGGCCGCUCUUCUGUACGCAGUUUUCCUGAACUUGAAUCAUUAUCACACAAGGGAAAAAAGAGGGAGCUACUCCUUGAUGAUGUUGGUGGUACCUCUAGGGGUGCAAUAGCUUUUGGUAGCUCUGUUAUUGGAGGAGCAAAAGCAAAGAGAAGUGAGAGAGACAGAGAUCACAGUAGAGGUGUUCUGAUGGCUACUGCUGCGGGUGAAAACCAAUCUGUGGUAAGCUUCAGCACUGAUCAAAAACCAAAAACAAAACCCAAGAACUUAACCUCCUCUAUGAAGCCAACAUCGAGUUUAGAACAGUGGAAAAAUACUGAAAACAAGAGGGGCAGGGAAUUGGGACUAUCUGGGAAUGCUCCAGAAGAUGCUUGUCAGGAAUCAGAGGAGCAUAUUGAUUUUGAAUCCAUUGAACAACUUGAUAUUCCUAAUGAUCCAAAUGCACCUGAGGAUUUUAGCAAUUGGCUGACUGGAUUGCAAGAUUAUGACUCCAUUGGUUUAGAAAUACCUAUGGACGACCUAAAUAUGGUUGUGAUGUGAGGAUUUCAGCAAUUAAUAUCGUGCUUUGUAUAUAUGUGUACAUUUUGGCUAGAACAUUGCUUAGCAUAUUGAAUUGUUUCUUCACUUGGUCUCAAUUGAGAAAGCUGUAAAUAAUUGUUUUCUAAUUGAAUCUAAUUGCAUUUUUGCAAAGGUUGGUGUUAGGUUUUGGAUUGAUACUGAUGUCUAAUAUCCUGUGUACUUUCUUGCUAUUGUAUCUUACCCUGUCACAGCACGUCUUCCUCUGCCUUCUGAAAUGAAGGGUUCUUAUGGCAAGAGAAGAAAUAUGAGGGAAUUACUUUUUA